AUGCCAAGCGAGCUGCGCGUCGACAAGAUGGAACGUGCCAUUGAGAACGCUAAUGCCACAGGGGCGCUCGCAGCCCCCUCCACAAUCGAUGCAGCGACCCAGCCGGGCGCCCAGGCCUUGCCGUGCCGCCCAUCCUGCCUGGGGCCGGUCAUGUGCAACACCGCAGACACCCCCGAGUGUGACGCCUACCAGGAGUACUGCGCCAACCCAAAGCUCGAGAACACACCCGUCUGCACCCCGCCCUGCGACCUGCUGGACGACCCCGACAGCGACCCGCGAUGCAAGCAGCCGGACGCCUAG